UGUUGCCCUCCCACCUAUCUGAGGAAGCGUUAGUGCAUGGGCUUUGUUUGUGUAUGGAGAAACAAUAUAUAUGCCGCACGUCGGAAGUCAUGGUGACGUGAUAAUGAUAUGAAACGCGUCAAGUGUUUAGGCCCCUGUAGUGAUAUAUAAACGCGGGAGCCAGAAGAGUGUUUAGACCUAUUUGUGGUCUACUGAAAGGAAAGAUCUGCAAUGAAGCUUCUACUGGCAUUUCUGAUGCUCUGUCUUUUAGCGUCCAUCACUGUCGCCGACGAAGACGAAGGUGAUGACGGCGGUGACAAGGAAGGCGGCGGCGGUGAGAAGGAUGGCGGCGGCGGUGAGAAGGAAGGCGGCGCCGGUGGCAACGACGGUGGCGGUGAAGGUGGAUCCGGUUCCGGGAAACUUCCAGAGACUGAAAAGGCGCCAAGUGGUGGCGAAGAUAAAGGCAAUGAAGGAGGUGGUGGUGGUCAAGGAGAGGGAGGCAGUGAGUCAGCGACAGACAAGACCAAUGGAAAAGACUCAAUGCCAAAAAGCAGGACAAAGAGGAAUUCACAAUGUUCAGCGUCUCCGGGGAACUGUUCCGGUUACUUGAAGAAGUGGUACUUUAAAAAUGCGAGCGGCGUCAUACUCGACGUGUCCUUUAUAGUGGUUCCAUUCGGCAGACAACUAGGCAGGUUAGACAACUAG